UUCAUCUUUGCCUUCCUCUUGCCAUUCUUCUCCACAGACUUCCUCAGAGAAGCAGACACACCUACAUCGCUCAGACAUGGCUUACUGUGGACCAUCCUUUGCAGUUCCUUCUUGUGCCUCCGCUCCAGCCGUUGGCUUCGGAUCAGCAGGUCUCGGCUACGGUGGCCUCCAUUCUGGCACAAUAACUGGAUACGGGUCACCAUCCUUUGCCGUUCCCUCCGUGGCCUCUUCUCCAGUCGUUGGCUUUGGCUCAGGAAGUUUCAGCCACAACUCUGGGGUGCCCUCCGCUAGCCUGGGCGUCCUCUCCGGGGUCAACCCUUCCUGCAUCAACCAGAUCCCACCUGCAGAAGUCGUGAUCCAGCCACCUCCCGUCGUCAUGACCCUCCCCGGACCCAUCCUCUCUGCUACCGGUGAACCAGUUGCUGUAGGAGGCAACACUCCAUGUGCUGUUAGUUAUGGCGGUCCCGGCAGAGUGAUUUCUGGAGGCAGUUUUGGUUCUCUUGGAGGGCGUCUGGGGAGCUUCGGGGGUCGCAGAGGCAGCCUUAUCAUGGGGCGCCGUGGCAGCUACUCCCCCUGCUACUCCCCCUGCAAUUGAAAUGUCAAAGAAGAAUGGUCAAGAAAUCCAUGGCAUAACAUAUGCGUCUGGCUCUAGAUCUGCUGAGCCGCCUUCAUCCCAGCUCAGAUCAACAGAGGGAAGCGGUCCUAUCGGCAUCCCUGUCCCCUGACAUAACUUUCAUGUAUC